AUUUGAUAUCUUUAUCUUUUUGACGUUUUGACCACUCCACUCUACACUAAUCGCGUAAACUUCGCGUAAACAUAAAGCAAUAGAGAAAUAUUAACAAAAGCCAUAUUCUUUAUUUAUAACUGUAUAGUGUAAAAUAACUUUAAAUAAUAUCAAAAAUAUGGAAGGAAUAGAGUUAAAAAGUUUGGACGAACUUAUAAGAAACAAUCUCUCGGGAGACGAUUUACUGGAAUUCAACAGAAUACAUUACGGAAGAACAGACAAUCGCGAACUUAAGAUUAAAGAUAAAAGUCUUCAAUAUGGGAAUGAGAAUAAUUUCGAAAUAUCAUGUUAUGAUUUUCCCGCAAACAAAGAGGAAAUAAGAAAAUCCCGUGUUGUUAAAGUUGGCUUGAUCCAAAAUUCGAUUGCAAUACCCACGCAUAAACCCAUAGUUGAGCAAAGAGCAGCGAUUUUCGAGAAAGUUAAGAAAAUUAUAGAAACUGCAGGAGAUGAAGGUGUCAAUAUUAUUUGUUUACAAGAAGCUUGGAGUAUGCCUUUUGCUUUUUGUACCCGCGAGAAGCAACCCUGGUGCGAGUUUGCUGAAUCAGCCAUAGAAGGCCCCAGCACAGUAUUCCUCAAAGAAUUAGCUGCUAAAUAUGGCAUGGUGAUAAUCUCGCCUAUACUUGAAAGAGAUGAUAUUCAUGGUGACACUAUAUGGAAUACAGCUGUUGUAAUAAAUGAAAUGGGUAAAGUUAUAGGGAAGCAUAGAAAAAACCAUAUUCCCAGGGUGGGUGAUUUCAAUGAAUCAACAUAUUACUUUGAAGGCAACACAGGACAUCCUGUUUUUGAGACAACUUUUGGAAGGAUAGCAAUCAACAUUUGCUAUGGACGGCAUCACCCUCUUAAUUGGCUAAUGUUUGGGGUAAAUGGUGCUGAAAUUGUCUUCAAUCCUUCAGCUACAGUAGCAGGUCUGAGUGAACAUUUAUGGGCUGUUGAAGCUCGUAAUGCAGCUAUUGCUAACAGUUUCUUCACCUGUGCUAUAAAUAGAGUGGGCACAGAAAGUUUUCCAAAUGAAUUUACCUCUGGAGAUGGCAAACCUGCACAUAAAGAAUUUGGUCACUUCUAUGGUUCUAGUUAUGUCACAGCUCCAGAUGGUUCCAGAACUCCAGGGCUAUCAAGAAUCAAAGAUGGUCUAUUAAUAGCACAACUUGACCUUAAUAUUUGUCGUCAAAUUAAAGACAAAUGGGGCUUUUGCAUGACACAGCGUUUAGAUCUUUAUGCAAAUUCUCUUAAAGAAGCCAUAAAACAUGACUUUGUACCACAGAGACUUCCUAAGAACUAACAAAAUAACAUUUUAUAUGUAUAUUUCAAAUUAAUUGUUAAAGUUUGGACUAUUUUUCUUACUAAAUAUGGCUGUACAACUUUUACCUUUUUAUGAAUCUAUAUUUUUUUAUUA